AGGAGGAGGAGGAUGAGGAAGGUUCCACAGAGGAGCAGGAAGAAGAAGAGGAGGAGGACUGGGAGAAGGCAUUAUCAGUGGAGAGGUUCGGGGACAUCAUCACUGAGUCCGCGUUCAGCAGCGGAGAAAAGAUGGGCCGAAACUUCAACGAAAAAGAUUUUGAGUAUCAUCGGCACACCUUUCACCACACCCACCACCCCCUGUCCACCCACCUGCCCCCGCCCCAGCGCCUACGCAAGCGGGUGCUCAGCAUGGACCGCGACCGCCGGCGCAAGAAGAAGCGAAAGAAAAAAAAGACCUCCAUGCCGCCCUCAGAGGUCACGCCCACCAUCCAUGAGGUAGAUGAGGAGGAGGAGGCGGAGUCUGAGUCAGAGGGGUGGGGCCAAGCGGCCACGCCCACAGAGCAGCCUGACGACCAACCACAGUUUAGCUUGGGGAGUGAGGAGGAUUUGGAACCGGCUCUCCCUUUCACUUCCUUCCACAUGGAGAGCGAACAUCAACAUCUGCCGCCAGAGAAGGCCACACUGGCCACGGCAGAGGAGGUGGUGGUGGAGGAGGAGCAGCAGCAGGAACAGGAGGUUCGGGAGCAACCGGAGGAUGAGGAGGGUGAUGAAGAGUUCAACAACAGGUGCCCCCCCUCUGCGGACCCCCCUAGCGUGACUACCUGCAGCUGGUUCAGGAGGAAUCCCCUCCACCCUGCACCGCGGGCCAGUUACGACCUGCGGGAGCGCAUCUGCAUCGGCAGCAUGACGGCCAUGGAAACAGCCGUGUACCAGAAAGUGCCCACUGACGACGCUGAGGCUCAGAUGCUGGCUAGCGCCGACCUAGACGACAUGAAAAGUCACCGGUUCGAGGACAACCCUGGGGUGAGGCGUCACCUGGUGAAGAAGUCCUCUCGAUGCCAGCUCCUCCAGAACACCAACAGCUCUUCGCAACUGUCCAGCGUGAAGAAGAAGAGGACGGCUGACAAGAAGACCCAUGAGGUGUUUGUGGAGCUCAAUGAGCUGAUAGUGGAUAAGAACCAGGAAAUGCGCUGGAAGGAGAUGGCCCGUUGGAUCAAGUUUGAGGAGGAUGUGGAGGAGGAGACGGACCGCUGGGGAAAACCCCACGUGGCCUCGCUUUCCUUCCGCAGCCUGCUGGAGCUCCGCAGGACCAUCACACAUGGUGCCGUCCUGUUGGACCUGGAGCAGACCACCUUGCCUGGCAUUGCCCAUCUGGUGGUGGAGACCAUGAUCAUCUCAGACCAGAUCAGAGCAGAGGACCGUGCCAACGUGCUCCGCGCCCUGCUGCUCAAACACCACCACCCCAACGACGAAAAGGAGGGCCUCUUCCAUCGCAACCACUCUACUAAUAGCCUUCAAGGCAGCUUCCACCGCAACCACAACCACAUUCCCGACACAGCGCUGCCCCUUGUGGCCGAAGACCUUGCAGCGGUCCACCACCACCAUGACAACAAAGCACCAGAGCACGACAAAGAGAAAUCACAUCAUCCCCCCCUGCCGACGGCUCAUGACCAUCAGGUUACCAAACACACAAAACUCUUAGCCAAGAUUCCCAAGGACGCCGAAGCAACCGUGGUCUUAGUUGGGUGUGUGGAUUUCUUGGAGCAGCCGGCCAUGGCCUUCAUCAGGCUUAGUGAGGCGGUGCUGCUGGAGUCGGUCCUGGAGGUGCCGGUGCCGGUCCGUUUCCUCUUUACCCUACUCGGCCCCGCUCAGUCCAACAUGGACUAUCAUGAGAUCGGACGCUCCUUCUCCACCCUCAUGUCCGACAAGAACUUCCAUGAGGUGGCCUACUUCGCGGACGACCGGCAGGACCUGCUGAACGGCAUCAACGAGUUCCUGGACUGCAGCAUCGUUAUCCCCCCGUCGGAUGUGGAGGGCAAGGACCUUCUAAAGACGGUAGCCUCCUUCCAGAAGCAGAUGCUGCGCAAGAGGAAGGAGAGAGAGAACAUUAAGAAGGGCCUGACCCACGCCAACCCCGGAACAGGCCAGGAGACCAAAGAGGUGAGCCAGGACGAGCAGGAAGUGGAGGACCAGGAGGUGGACCCCAUGAAGCGGUCGGGCAUCCCCUUCGGAGGCCUCAUCCAUGACAUCAAGCGGCGCUACCCACGCUACGCCAGUGACAUCAAAGACGCCUUAGACUCACAGUGCAUCGCCGCCGUCAUUUUCAUCUACUUCGCAGCCCUCUCGCCCACCAUCACCUUCGGAGGACUGCUGGGAGAGAAAACAGAGGGCAUGAUGGGAGUGUCUGAGCUCAUCAUCUCCACAGCGACCCUGGGGGUGCUGUUCUCGCUGCUGGCCGGACAGCCCCUGCUCAUCAUCGGAUUCUCAGGUCCCCUGCUGGUGUUUGAGGAGGCCUUCUACAAGUUCUGCCAGGCCCAGGGCUUUGAGUACUUGACUGGCCGGGUGUGGAUCGGCUUCUGGCUCGUCUUCAUAGUGCUGUUGAUAGUAGCGGCCGAGGGCAGCUUCUUGGUCAAAUACAUCUCACCCUUCACCCAGGAGAUCUUCGCCUUCCUCAUCUCGCUCAUCUUCAUCUACGAGACCUUCUCGAAGCUCAUCAAGGUAUUCCAGGAGCAUCCUUUGAUGAGAAGCUACCCGCCUGCUCUCAGCCUGCCCGGUAUGGACUUCAUCAACCCCACAGACCCCGGCGGCCCGGUCCUAAACCAACCCAACACAGCCCUGCUGUCUCUCGUCCUUAUGCUUGGCACCUUCUUUGUGGCCUUCUUCCUCAGGAAAUUGCGCAAUAGUCGCUUCCUGGGCGGGAAGGCCAGAAGAAUCAUCGGAGACUUUGGCAUCCCCAUCUCCAUCCUCUUCUCUGUACUGUUGAGUUACUCCAUCCCCAACACCUAUACCCAGAAGCUGAAUGUACCAUCUGGUUUCUCGGUCACAUCUCCUGACAAGCGGGGCUGGUUCAUCAGUCCGUUCGGUGACCAGAAGCCCUUCCCUUUGUGGAUGAUGGGGGCUUCGGUGGUGCCCGCCCUCCUCGUCUUCAUCCUCAUCUUCAUGGAGACACAGAUCACCUCACUAAUCGUCAGCAAGAAGGAGCGUCACCUGGUCAAGGGAUCGGGCUUCCACCUGGACCUGCUGCUCAUUGUCACGCUGGGCGCCAUGUGCCCUCUGUUAGGCCUGCCCUGGCUCACAGCCGCCACUGUGCGCUCCGUCACGCAUGUCAACGCCCUUACUGUCAUGAGCAAGGCCACGGCGCCUGGCGAGAAGCCUAUGAUCCAGGAGGUGAAGGAGCAGCGGGUGACGGGCCUGGUAGUCGCCGUGCUCGUGGGCAUGUCUAUCGUGAUGACGGACGUGCUCCGUAACAUCCCACUGGCCGUGCUGUUCGGGAUCUUCCUCUACAUGGGCGUCACGUCGAUCACCGGCAUCCAGCUCUACGAGCGCAUCACACUCAUGUUCACGCCCGCCAAGCACCACCCCGACCACAUAUACGUGACCAAGGUUAAGACGUGGCGUAUGAACAUGUUCACCAUCAUCCAGGUGGCCUGCAUUGUGCUACUGUGGGUGGUCAAGUCGACGGUGGCCUCGCUCGCCUUCCCCUUCAUCCUCAUCAUGACCGUGCCGCUCCGCCGUCUCAUCCUCUCCCGGAUCUUUGAGGAGCGUGAGCUCCAGGCGCUCGACGGGGAAAACGAGGACUCCCCCAACUUUGACGAGGAUGGUCGGGACGAGUAUAAUGAGAUUCACAUGCUUGUGUAGACGGCCCAAUAGGCUCUCUCCAUCUUCCAACGCCUACCAAUCACGAGCAAGCUUCUUAUUAUGUCUGGGUAGCUGUGUCAUGAAAACAUUCAGAUGAUGGUAGGAUUUUCGUCCAACAGAGAUACCUUAUGUAUAUAUACUGUAUAUACAUAUAUUAUAUAUUCAAAUUCUGCUGUACUUUGAUCAAAAAAUGCUGUAAAGGAAUAACCCCACUGUUAUAAUUUGUUUCUGUUUUUCCUGCUACAACAUUGUUUUUUCUCUCAAAGACGUCAGUAGCGCUACUGCCCUACUGUUGCUGAGCGUGUCAGGAAUCCUCAAGUAUGUGCCAUGGACAUUGCACCUUUUAAACACAGACCAAUAAUUCAUAAACACUUGUCCCCACACAAACCCUGGACAUGGGUUCUUCCCCUUCCUUUUAACGGUCAAGCUCUCUACAGGUUCCGGGCGUAAGUGCAAUGACAACAACCCCAAGUACUCCAGUAGGUUGGUUUUGGGGCACCGGUGGAAUGAACACUAGUUGUAUGACAGCCACACUGGUUUCACUGGGAGCCAAUACUCCACUGCCUCCGCAGCGUAACUGCCUUUUUACCCUUCUUCGUACUGUAGCCAUUGUCAGUGGAAUUUGAUGACGACGUUAACCAAACAGGGAGUUCGGCAUUCCCUUUUAUUUAUUUUCACUGUGUGCACUUGCUUUAGUUGUGUGCUCCUCACAGGAUUUGUUCACCUUUGACCUUUGCGAUUCACCUGCACUGCCACACCAGUUCCCUUAUCCAAGAACAGAAGAUACAUUCGAUGACCCCUCUCAAUAUAGUUCUCCCUGAAACUAAGAUACAGUACAUGAGGACUUAAAUGUUCGACCUACCUAUUUACUUUUGUUUUUUGUUAUUUGCCAAAAUUGUAUGAAGCCAUAUUGACAUGUGGGAUGCAUUCUAAAUGCAUGUUAGUUGGAGGAAUUUGCAAUUAUUAACAUUAUUCAAAAACCUUUGCCACGGUCACUGGAAUUAUACCACAGGUAUCAAAAUCACUGUAUAGCACCACUGUCAUUGUGUACUUCCAUGUUCUGUAGGCAACUGUUGGAUGUGAAGGGUACUAUAGCAUCAGGUAAAACGAACCUUUGAAAUGCAAAUAGAUCAUUGACCAUUGGUUUUGUGUCCCUGUUGUGUACACAAAUCAGUCAAGGAAAUAUUUAAAAUUAUACACACAGGUGGUUCAGAAGUGAUUACAGUAAAUACAACUUAGCAUGUGCUUAACAUGUACAGUGACUGGAAUGGACUCUUUACCCCAAGGUUCAAGUUUAUACCCCACACAGAAUGUUUGUCUGUCUGUUUAAAAUGGACUACGUUAUCAUGAACUGUGCUGCAGAACCAUAGGUUCAAAUUGAUACACGUGAAGUGGAGGCCAUGUUUCAAAUAUUGAAGCAUCUGCUGAAUUUGAGGAAAUUAUUUAUUAUAUAAUAUGAUACUGUUAUUUAUUUGUAUUUUAUAGACCCCACUAGAGAAAUGUAACAUCACCUGUCUUAUUGACUCUUGUACAAACACUACACUCUUAGAAAAAAGGGUUCCAAAAUAUAAUAUAACAUGCCAUUUAGCAGACGCUUUUAUCCAA